CACACAACUUGCGACAACUUGAGUUUUCCGUUGUUUUCUUGUCGUGAAUCGCCCAAUUGACUAUUUUAAUAUGUAAUGAACAUAUUAUUGAACUGCGUGCUCAUUGUGUAAAUAUUAGCUGUAGAGCGUUAGUGUUACUUUGUUAAUGUGAGGUUUUAAUUUUAAUUCUAAACGCGGAGGAGCGUUUUCGCAGUGUGUGGCGCCGCACAACGAAAACGAAGCACGCUCGAUGCAAUUCGCUUCAAUUGUAUUAUUGUGAUUGUGACAUUGUGAUGGUCAACAAGCCAAAAAUUUCGUGUUCAGCCGCAUAAGUGUUAAUUAAUCGUGUGUUCAAAUGUUUUAAUUGAUUUUACUUUGGCUUUAAUUAAAUUUUAAAUAAUUUGUGAUAAAAUGGGCGAUCGAAAAGAUCUGGAAUAUACUAGCGUAUCGGACGUGGAGAAUCCGCACGUGAAGAAAUACAACGUCAGCGGUGCCCAAAAUUCUUCAGGUCGGCUGCGAAUAUCGAAACUUGUCUGUUUCUUCCUCGUCAUGGGGGCCAUAUUGUUAGCCGUUUUGGCGGCUCUUGCUGUUUACUUCUUUGCACCACAUGAAUGUGAUGCAAGUUCUGCACCGGCUGCUCUUACAAAAGCCAGUAUUAUUCCUUCGUUGGAUAGAAAGCAAUCUCCAGUUGUCAAAAUGGUUGCUGGUGAUUCCGUUCCGCAGGAGUUUGCGAAAAAUAUUGAUAUCCUUCUGAAGCGUUUACCACGCGACGUAAAACCGACGCAUUAUACGCUGAAAUUGAUGCCGUUUUUGAUUGAGAAUAACUUUACCACACUUGGCAAUGUCACCAUUGAUUUCGAUUGUGUGGAAGCAACCGAUAAGAUUUACCUGCACGCCGUGGAGAUUGGUAUCGAGCGGCCAUCGAUUCGAAUAAAGUACGUCACGGGCGAUUACUUCCUUCGGCUGAAGGAGUUGACCUACAACAGCGACGAUCAGAUGUAUACAUUUCAUCUAGAUAGACUCAUGAAGCCAGGAGGGCAGUAUUUCCUGCACAUGACUUUCGUCAGUCACUUGAAUGAUUUAAAUCAAGGGUUUUAUCGAAGUAGCUACACGGAUAAGGAAACAAACACAUUGAGAUGGAUUGCCAGUUCUCAAUUUUCUCCUUUGGAUGCCCGCCGAGCAUUUCCAUGUUUUGAUGAACCAGAUUUCAAAGCAACAUUCAGUGUGAGCCUUGCACGUCCCAAUUAUAUGACCACUUUGUCAAAUAUGCCCCGGAUUAAUACCGAAGACAGUAUGGAAAUGCCUGGUUAUUCUUGGGAUAACUAUGAGCGUUCUCCGAAUAUGUCCACGUAUUUGGUUGCGUUUGUCGUCAGUGACCUGCAGCCCUACGAGUUCAACACCGAUGGACGCGCCUACAGAAUCUGGUCCCGCAAGGAUGUCAUCUCCCAAUCAAUCUACGCUUCCCAAAUAUCUCCCAGAAUACUGAAGUAUUAUGAGAAGUACUUUGAUAUCAAGUUUCCACUCCCGAAGUUGGAUCAAGUUGCGGUACCAGAUUUUGGUUUCUCUGCGAUGGAGAAUUGGGGAUUGAUUACCUACCGCGAGACUUCGUUACUUAUUGAUGAACAGGACGCUGAUUUGUCGCUGAAGACGAGUCUGGUUAGUACAAUGUCGCAUGAAUUAACGCAUCAAUGGUUUGGUAACUUGGUCACGCCGAAAUUCUGGGACGAUCUCUUCUUGAAGGAAGGUUUCGCCAACUAUUUUAUGUAUCGUGGCAUCAAUCAUGUGGAACCAUCAUGGAAUUUCAGCAAUGAACUGUUGUUGAAUGAACAAUUUUCCGCAAUGGACAACGAUAUCUAUAGUUUUUCACGGCCAUUGUCAAAUGAGAUGAAGUCUAGCGAUGAUAUUCGACAGGCGUUUGAUCGAAUUGCGUAUGCGAAGGGUGCGUCUAUUAUUCACAUGUUGCAGAAUAUCUACGGAGAGGAGCACUUUAAAGAUUCGAUUAAACAUUAUCUGAAUAAGCAUCAGUAUCAGAAUGCUGAGUAUAUUGAUUUUGUGCAAGCUUUCAUUGAGAGGAACCCUAGAGUGCCUGGAUUAAAACAUAACAAUGAUUUGAAGACGAUUUUGGAUGGGUGGAUUCGACAGGCUGGGUUUCCAGUGGUCACUGUUGUAGCAGACUAUCAGAAUAAUAAUUUGACAUUGACACAGAAGCGAUUCCGUUUUGGGCCUACCGAGAAGCACACGGAUGAUGAUAAAAUAUGGUGGAUCCCGGUUUCGUAUGCUACCAAGUUGCAGGCGGACUUUGAUGAUACGAAACCGAAGUUCUGGAUUGAAGGACAGAAGGAAACCAAGGUGGAGUUGGAUAUUCAAGAGGGUUAUCUUUUGAAUUUGAAACAUUCAGGAUAUUAUAUCGUGAACUACGACGAAAGAAACUGGAAGCAAAUAACACAUACCUUCAAACACUUCCCUCUUCUGGUACGUUCCCAGUUAUUAGCGAAUGCAAUGGACCUAGCACGUGCAAAUCUCCUCGACUAUGACAUCCCUUUCAAGCUGUUAAUCACCGUAGGCCGCUGGGACAAUCACUUUGUUCCUUACCACAUUGCUUUCGAAAAAGUAAAGUACAUCUACAACAUGUUAUUGAAUCAAGAAUGCUUCACCCAGUUCAACACUUUUCUUGCAAUGGUAUUUGAUCAGUCGUUUGCAAACACACUUCCGGAGGAGAGUUCCACGGAUACUUAUGACAUGAAACGCAUGCGUCCUCUUAUCCUGAAAUGGGCUUGCCAGAAUUCUGAGAGUAGAUGUGUUGGUAAAGCGCGGGCCAUGUUCAGGGCUUUGAUGAUUUACAAAACACCUGUCCAUGCAAAUCUACAAGAUCUUGUAUAUUGUACUGCAAUUCGUGGGGGUGAGACCGAGUUCAAUUUUGCUUACCAGAUGUACCUUAACGUCACCACACCCUCGGAGAAGCUUGCCCUGUUGAAAGCUCUUGGUUGUACCGAGCAACCAUGGCUUCUACGAAAAUACCUCAACAUGAUGUUGGAUGAUACUUCCGGUGUUCGAAAACAAGAUGGCAAACAUGUUUUCUAUGCUGUGGCCAAAAAUAUUCGCGGUCAUACUCUUGCAUUUUCUUUUCUGCGUGAAAAUUGGGAUGCUCUCAAAGAUUAUUAUGGAAUGGCCUUCAAUCGGCUAACAAAGAUGAUUGAACCACUCUCGAUGUACAUGAACACCCCAUAUGACUUGGAGCAGCUUGUGGCAUUCGGGAAUAGUGUGGAGCUGGGGACCGCGAAGGGUGCUUUCAAGCGCGUCUACGAAGAUGUCCAGAUGAACAUAGAAUGGAUGAAGACGAGUUCCAUGUCGGUGACCAAAUGGCUGGAGGCACAUCGUGACCAUUUCGGUUAUUAACACUUUAUAUUGUCACAAUGAAACUAAAACAUUCAUACGUAGAUGCUUACAUACAUAAUUGUUAAAACGAGAUUAUUGUGCCUUAUGUGUAAAGCUAACUAAAUGUUAUGACUUGAUAUAUGGAUGUGAAUAUAAUUUAUAUUAUGACACACA